GCUGUCAAUGUGGGGCACCCUGGCAAGAGAUGCUGAUAAAAGGUGUCCAAGCCCGCGGAGGCUAAUUUGUCCUUCAAAUCUGAAUCACACUGCAAGUCAAUUACUUCAAGUUGGAUGUCGACAGAUCAGAAGCCUUGACCGUGAACGGCGAGCGAAACACUGCAGUCUGGCUUUGAUGCUAAUGCUAUUUCGCUAGCAAUAAGGAAGCUAGCUUUCACUGCUGCAUCGCCGAUAUCUCUGCUACGGCAUGUCAUCCAACUCCACGGCCGAUAAUCUGUGUGCACCAGAUGACACCCUAUGUAUUGUAAGGGAAUAUAUGCAGGCGGUGAUCAUCGUCCCUACGCUGCUGCUCCUGGGAACCCUGCUCAGCUUCCUGACCCUGUGCUUACUGAGGUACUGUCCUCAACAGAAGCGGACAAAGAUCACUGCCCUUCAACGCUACCACAGCUCAUCGCACAGACACAAACAAAGGCAGAGCCAUAGCCAUCACCUACAGGGCAUUGAUGCACCCCCGGGGAUAAACCCAUUGGAACAUGAAGAGCUGCCAAUGUCAGUUCAAGAAGUGCAGCAGAGUGUCAGGCCAACUCUGGCUGCAGUACCUCAGAUGUCCACAGAGAGGCAGCAUGGAGCCUUCAGCCAGGUUACUGCCCUGCCACUGUCCUUCUCCAUGAAACCUAAUGACACAUACAGCCUCUACAGAGCCCGCAAGGACAACAGAGGUGUCAUCCUGAGGAUGCUAAAAGAGACAGCAAACAGCCAUGAGAAGCAGCACUUUUUGGGUUUUGCUUCCUUUGUGUCAGGACUGGGGACGCACCCCUUCCUACCUGAACUGCUGGGUGUGGUUUCAGUGCAGACGCCCCUAAUGAUGGUUGUUGAGGAGCUGCAGCACAGAGACCUGUUGGGGUUCCUGUGGAGAUGUCGAGAGAAUAACUCGGGUUUAGAGUCUUCAUGUGACAUGACGGAGAAGAGGAUCUUCACCAUGGCAGGACAAGUGGCCUCUGCUCUGGAGUACCUGCACAGUCAGCGCUGCAUCCAUGGCAAUGUGGGAGCUCGCAGCGUUCUGGUUGGUGGAGAUCUGACUGUGAAGCUGUGGGGGUUGGACUCUGCCUACCGCAGGAGAACGCAGGCCGUUUCAACAGGGGAAGUAGAGGACAUGGAGAUGAGGAAGUGGCAGGCACCUGAAGUGCUUAGCGGAAGAACCGUCAGUCAGAGCAGUGACAUUUGGUCCUUUGGGAUCCUCCUCUAUGAAAUGGUCUCAUUGGGUGACCCCCCGUUUGCUCAGUUCAAGACUACCGAACUCCUGCAGUAUCUACAAAGAGGAAAGCAUCUGAAACGGCCGGCCACCUGCUCCACCUCACUGUACUCCAUCAUCAGGAAUUGUUGCCACUGGCGCCUCGAACAACGCCUGUCAAUGUCGGAGCUCAUUAGAACACUUCAGACGGAAGAGCAAUCAGCCAAUGGGAGGAACGUUCUAAGAGUGACUGAAACACUGGACAUCGAGAAGUACCUGCGGGAGGCGGGAUAUGGAGAGGUGUACGACUAUGCUGUGCUCUGAAUGAGACCGCCAUCAGUCAGGACUAAAUUUGCGUUUUUGUAACACCCAGGACUGCAGCAAGAAUGAAGAAUUUUUGAAAACCAACAUUGCACAUUGUUCAUGAAGUACAAUUUUACUUACUCACUUGUACGUACUAUUGGAACACUUAAACUUGUAUAUGUUUAAAGAGUAAUAUAUGGAUUGUAAAUACUUUUUUCUUCUGUAAACUAUAACUAUGGUCAUCUAAAACACUAAUGUAAUGGAAAACAAACAUGCCCGUUUUUUUUUAUUUUAUUUUUUAUAACUAACAAAAGUGUUUAGGUGAAGGGACCAGGCAAAAGUACCAGUGCUUUAUUUCCAUGUCUUCUAUAUAGAGCAUCAAAUGAUUAGGAUGUGGGCCUUUUGUUUGGGGUCUUAAAGCUUCAACCACAGCUUGUUGCAUCCUCAAGACACAUAGUUACAUGAUACCAUGUAUUCACUUACAUCCUGAAACCCUUAACCAAAAAAAUGAGUCAGCUGGAAUCUCAGUUCGACAUGGCCCUGGAAUUAUUGCUAAUGCACAGAAAAGCUGAUACAAUCUUCCAGUGACUGUUCAUCAACAGAAUAGUGUAACACCUGGCCCUAAAUUCAAAGUUUAAAGGUCUGCAGCAGCAGUAGGGCAUAGCAAUUGGUCAAUGUGUUACCUUGCAAUGGUGACAAUGACCCUGUUUGCUAAAAACAACCCUUGCUCUAUACACCUGGAAUACUCUGUUCUCAUGUGUCAGACAGAGAAGCUCAUUAUGCAUAUUUAAAGCAAUCCAUGAAAAGUCUGACAUGCAACU